GGUUUUUCGCACGUGUGAACAGUAAUUUUUUUUUUUCCUUUUUCCAAAAUAACUAACAUCUUCUUCAGCAAGCUACAAUGGAGGAGAGAGAAAACUCCAAUUUUCCAGAUUCAAAGCUCCUUCACCAAGCAACCAUGGAGGAGAGAGAAAUCUACAAUUUUCGAUCAACAAUGCCGGAAACCUCCAAAGCUUCCAAUUACGAAAACCUAAUGCGCGAAUUUCUACAAUUACAAAGAGAAAAUCGACCACCAUUAACGCAACAUCCAGAGAAAACAUGGAGUUUCGACCUCAAUCAAACAUUCAGAGAAGGUGAAGCAGAGAAUUUCGUUGAUGAUUUCGAUGAAUUUAAUGAUGAUAACAUUCAAAACUCAAAAGUUCCAGAAAUUCAAAUACAAGAUAUUGAAAAUCAAGGUGUUUCAAAUACAUUAGAAGAUGAAGAUCAAGUUAUUCCGAACACACUAGAUGAAGAAGGACAACCAGUAGAUGAAGACGAAGGUAAAAUUCUAUAAAUGUGACAUAUAUUAAGGCAAAAGUUACAUAUAUUAUGGCAAAAGUUACAUUGACUAUAUGUUUAUUUAUAAAAGCAUUUAUGCAUGUCUCUUGGUA